AAGCUUUCCCAGAAAAUUGAGGAUUUCCUCAAUGUCACAGCAAAAUGUGCACCAAGCAUUCUCAUCUUGAAGCUGAAAUUCCACUUUUUGGUCCAUCUUCCCGCAUACAUUCAUCGCUUUGGACCAGCCAUUCUCUUUUCCACUGAAUGA